AUGACAUCUAAAAACCCUGCUGGUGCCAACAAAGGCAGUGUUGCUGAUGAUCAUUUUGCUCUUGAAGUUGAUAUUGAAAAUCGAUGUUAUAAUAUAUUUGAUCUUAAUAUAAAAUGUUCUACUGAUGCAUUAAAAACCUUUCAUCGAUGUUCCGAAUCUAUUCUUGAACGUGAUCCAGAAUUAUACAAUAUUUGGAUUGAUGCUCAUCGAUUUUAUUCAUAUGCUAUUAUUGAAGUUAUUGAAAAUGAAUUAAAUACAUUACAUCAUAAAUGUAUCUAUAGUAAUCUUAAGCCAUUACAAGGUUUUCGAUGGCUUGAAGGUUUACUACUUGUCAUAGGAAGCUAUUCAAAAUAUUUAGAAGAACUAAAUGAUAAUGAUCAUCUAGAUGCUCUAUUGAAUUUAUUCUAUUCUGCUUGGAUCACAUUUUUUAUUCAUAAUCGUUAUGCAAUAUUGAAUCUUAGUUAUCCAUCACCACCACCUGAUGCUAAUAAUAAUAAUAAUGAUUGUAUAGUUGUCGACAAUCCUGAAAAAAAAGUAUCAAAUGUCAAUGUACAUAAAACAGAUGAACAAAUAGUACGUCAUCUUGAUAAACAUUUACCUAAUUUUGAUCAAAUACUUAAUGAAGCUAUUGAAGUUGGCCAUCAAUUAUCAUCAAAACGAUUGCCAAAUCUUGAAAAAUUCGAAGAAUUUUAUCAAUUAUGGAAAAAUCCUACUGCUUGUCAUAGACGUAAAUCAUCUGCUGAUUUUAGUUUAAUUAUUGAACGUAUAACAAGUGAUAUAGACCUAACAUCUAGUUCGGAUGAAACGAAUUUUUCACAAAAAAAAUCCAUCAAUUGGAAAAUGGUUUUUUAUGAUGAAUUUAUUCGUUAUGCUGAUCGAUUUUAUUUAACGAAAAAAAACCCCAGUAAACGGCGCACAAUCGGUGGCGAACGAUUUUCUAUAAAUAAAUGGUCAUCAAAUAAAACAAAUUAUUUUCUAACUAAAAAUAUACUCAAAAGAAAUUCGAAUAACGAAUAUGAAAAGCAAAUAGAGCAAUUAUAUCAAUAG